AUGUCUCAACUUCAGUUGCUCCGGAGACCUCUGUCUCCAAAGACGGAAACUGAACAAUAUAUUCCAAAGAAGAAAUGCACGAAAGCUGUUCGUGAAAAAGAGAAAGAACCCGAAAAAGUGCUUGGAGAUGUUGACAGUCAGACUCCUCCGCCUGAAAAGAACCAAUCAAUUUCUUUGUGCUUUCCAGACGAUGAUUUUAGUGUUCAGCCUCCAUACCCUGUUAAGAGAGAUUUUGUUAUCCCUGUCUUUUUGACGGGUCCCCCUAGCUUUCCAAUGCAAAACCGUCGUGCCCCUAUGCGGUUACAGCAUCCUACGCUGCACCCAUCUCACUUACCAACAGAUUUUGUGGUGAGCGGUGUGACUAUGGUAACCUCGCCUCUCCCUUCCGUAACCCAGAAAUAUGUCCCUAAAAAGCCAUUCAUUUCUCAUUAUAAUUGUGAAGUCUUCAGUAACAAGCUGAUUGCUAAAGAGAUGAAAGGUCCAGAGAAAGUUGCCAUCAUAUACUUAAAACUGAGCGAAUCUGAUAGAGCACUGGAAAGUCCAGAAAUAAGUCAAAGGAGCAAAAAAAGUGAAAAGAGCACAGGGGAUGAAAAACAGAUCUUGCAGGAGGAGGAACAGAUCGUGCUGGAUAAGGAACAGAUCAUGGAAGAUAAGGAGCAGCAGAUCAUGCAAGAUAAGGAGCAGAUCAUUCUGGAAAUGGAAAAGGGUAUGAGAAAACAGAGCAUGCUCUAUGAUGAAUUAGAAGAAGAAAUGGACUUUAUUAAAUCAUUUGUCUCCGGAGCUGGAUACGAUACUGAAUUAAGUGCAUUAGAGAGAGCCAAUGAGUUUCUACAGAAGGCUGAAAUGGCAGUUCUGUUUUGCAUCAUGCAUAGAAAAACUGGACUUAGUCUUAAGGCACAUUUUCUCUCUGAUCUUCCUGACCUCUCGCGUUUGUCUGAUUUCUUGUUGUACCUAAACUUGUCCUAUAAUAAUUUGGAUUGCUUUCCAUUACAGGUGGUUCAGCUGCAAUAUUUACAAGUGCUAAAGCUCCGAAAUAACCCCAUCAAAUCCAUCCCAGGGGAGAUCUCUGAUAUGAGGAAUCUUACAUACUUGACAAUGUCCUUCAACCUGCUGACUAGUCUCCCAACUGAGCUAUUUACCCUGCCAAGACUUCAGAGUAUUGAUGUUUCCUAUAAUGAACUCGAAUAUAUCCCUAAUGAAAUACAAAAUCUCAGGAGCCUCCUCUACCUGAACUUGGAAGGAAAUCUGCUUUACUCCUUGCCUUGUGGGAUUCUAAAACUUCAAUUAAAGCAACUACUGGUGGAAAACAACUUCUUGCAUGCCUGUUUCUGGACGGAGACUUUCCUGAUGCAGCCUCAGCGUCUUACGGACAUGGCUGCCCUGUGCUUCGUUAAGCACCAGCUGUGGAAAAUAUAUCAUCUUUUGCCAGAGGAGGUUCACAAUAUCAUAAGCGACUUUACAGGCUGUGACUGCUGCAAUGGCCCCUUGUAUGGAAAAGGUUUCCGUUUUAUCCUCAUUUAUAGGAAUGCUUAUGGACUAAGGCUCCCGUAUCAAUUUUCAGCUUGCUCACCCGACUGUUAUACAGCCUUUGUCAAGUCAGCUUUGCCAACCUGAUGGGUAUGCUUCUUUUUACUGCUGUAUAUUCUGCCUUGUAAUAAAAUAAAACACUAUGCACUGAUAUAUUGCUUAAUAGUGUGAUUUUCCUGCUUUAAGACAAACUAAAUGAUGGGCAUCUACAUUCAUGAGUAUCCAGUAUAUAUGAGGCAAGACAAUCACAGCCAUUUUACUCAUGAUAUUUGCUGCUAGUUUCUUGUGCUGUUUGUAGAAAUUUAAAUAAACUCAGUAAACCAACAAAUGUAGGCAGCAGUGUAUUUAAAAUGCAAUGUAGGUGGCAAUAGAUAAUACUUUGGUCAGCAUACAAGAGGAUACCAAUGGUACUUGAGGCUUUUGGAAUGUAACAUUUGCACAAAUCUUAGUUUUGCAUGGCUUAUAGAAAUAUUGUUUGCAGAUGCAUAUAUUAUGUAGAUUUUCUGUGAGUCUAAGUUUAAAUUUGACAUUACGAAGUUUUCUUAACUGCUACCCAAAUGGUAGUCAAAGUUAUCCAAGUUGGUUGUGAUAAUCCUAGCAUCGCUUCCUUUGACUCUAAAGUAAAAAUAUGAUGCUGUAAGUACCGUUUUCUUAUCAUUUCGCCCAUUAUGCAUCUGGCAAAACAAACCCUUCCAUGAAGCUACAAUAAAAUCAGGACUCAUAUGUUGUUUGCUAUGGCAAGCUACAAAAGGCAGAAUGCAGAAAAAGACUCCAGCAUUUCUGCAAAUGUGCGGAAAGUGCUUAAGUUGUGGAGAGUUCCUUGCCAACUCUCCUCAACUAAAUGAAAGUAAUGGCCCUUUACUGUAAAAAAACCUGAUUGAUUUCCAUUCAAAAAUACAUAUACUGUUGUAAGAUGCCGUGGCACGACAAAACCGCGCUCGACUAAGCCGCGCCCGAUUAAACCGCGUCGCUGAUGUC